AUGGCAGAGCAGACCACCCACGAUGUGCUAAAGGAAGCCAAGUCGGUGGGUGAGGCUUUGCCCAUCGACGAAUCUGCGACACCUACCACCACCAGCGACGCCAGCAACGGCAAGGAAAACCUCAACCCAUCGAUUCACGGAGGAGAUGACAAUCCCAGCCUGGGGAGCGACGGCGCGCAAAACGCGAACUCGGCUGCGUCCGUCCCGGAUUCGGGAAUCGUCGUGGAUGGCCCCCCAGGCUCUGAGGUGCAGACGCCCGACGGAACGGUCCGGCAGGUGGUGGUAGAUGUCAGUGGAGGCUCCGAUACCGACACGAGUAGAGGUGACCCGAGCAAAUCUGGAGAACCGCACCAUGUCCGGAGUGGAUCGAUGAAGAAGCCGGCCGCGUUCAAAUCUGUGUCGGUGACGAAGAACUUCCUCGCCAAGACAGCUACGGCUACGGCUCCGGCUCGGAUCGGGGAGAAAGGAACGUCUCCGGCGCCCAACUCGACACUACAGGCGGCAAAGCCUCGACUUGUUGCGAAGUCGGGAAGUGGACUCACAGGACUAUCUCGAGUUGGGAAGUUGAACGGCGUCGCAGCUGGACCGGAUGCGAGCAAAGUCUGGAACAAGAACCAACCCGUUCCGACACCGCCGCCAAAACAAUUUACGGACGAAGAACUGAAACAGCAGUACGGAAUUCACAUGGCAACACGUCUGGGGGCGGAUGAAGUGGGAAAGGAAGCCAAAUGGGCCGAUAUCGACGAUGACGAGGACGACUGGGCUCCGGAGACGGUGGAAUGGAUGGACGGCACGAAGACAAGCGGCGCAAUGCCAGUAUCGGAACCCCAUCCGCCACCGCCGCCAGUAGUGGUUGAACAAAAAGCCAUGCCACUGAAAGAUCAGACGCCUCUGCCCGCUGCACAACCCGUUGCACAACCCGCUACACAACCCGCUCCACAAUUCGCUGCUCCAGCAGAGAAACCUACGCUCUCCAGCACGACGAAGACCAUUCUGAAGCCAGGGUCCCACUCUGGGAGUUCUGGCCAGAAAUUGGCAUUGGGCGGAGCCGGAAGAUCAACGACUGACCAGAAGCCAACCUUGGUUGCCAAGCCGUCCGUUGCGACGGUGAAGUCGCCAUGGGCAGCCUUGCCUCCUAUCGAAAAGGCCUCCCCAGUUCUUGUCAAACCCCCCAUGCAGCAGCCGCAGCCCAGAUAUCCCCAAGAACCCCAAGGGUAUGGUGCCGCGCCAUCUGCGGCCAAAGAGAUCGCUGCCGAUGACUUCAAUCGCACCUGGAGAACAACCGAUACCGGAACGAAGGAGUUGUAUAACUCGCAUUCUGGUCGUUACGAACCUGUGAAUGAUGCUCGGAGAGGGUCAAGACACGAACAUGGUGGCUAUCGCCAAACCUCCGUCCUGCAGAGAUCUGGGGGACAAGGCGGCCCGGCAGAGCCCUCGGCUGCUUUCCAGACAUCUCGCUCCAGUGGCUCCGAAGGGCAGCAAUGGGCCCGGCACCGAACCGGUUCGAAUGUCAGCGGUGGUAGCGGACCACAAGGUCGACGAGUGUCCUUCACACGACCAGACUUCUCACGGCCGGACAUGUCCGUUGGUGAAAUGCCCGGCCCGAUGCGGCGUGGAUCUCAUGCUGGUUCUGAAGUGUUCAUGCCUGGUGGCACGGUUCGUUCGCCCUUCAUGCAACACCGAGUCCCUUAUGACCGUGGUGUAUCUCCUAAUAAUGCCGCGUCGUACGCAAGCUCCUCGCCCACGAACAGCCACGUUUUGCCCGUCGCUCCGGUUCCUGGUACAGAAUCUGGCCAGCAAUCGCCUUCCCUGAGUGCGGUGGAACAGCAGAAGGUGUUGAUGCGUACGAAGCUGGAAGCUGCGCGUCUGGCCAAGCAGCGGGAGAGAGAGGCGGAAGAACGCGAGGAGGCGGCCCGAAAGGAACGUCUGCGAUUGAAAUUGGCGGCGUUGAGCCCUGCACACGAAGUCAGUGACAAGGAUAUCGUUGAAGCGGUCAAACAAGUGAAGGACGAACUGGUGAUGGAGAAACAAAGCCAACAAGUGCUUCCGCAACCAUCACCACCCAAACCUCCGAUUCCGACGGCCGCAGAUGGUGGAGUGGCUCAGUACGGGUUGAUGAAGGUUCAUCAACCUCAUCCUGUCAAGAAGUACUCACCGUCUGGAAGUCAUGUUCAGCCGGCAGCGGUGAAUCACGCGGGCACAACCGGGGAGACAAUUCCUUGGUCACCGAGGCGAGGGCAAAUGGCAACAUCACCAGCAAAAGCGUCAGCGCAGCCAACGCACGCUCCGAGACUGGAUACCCAAGGCCCUCAACGAGCCGGUAUGACUGAUAGCGGUAUUCGACACAUGGGUCCGCCUGCGGGAGAGACAAACAGCACGAAUGUUGGGCCCGCGCAUGGUCACACGCAGGCGCAAUCACAUGCGUCGCCAGCAAAAGUCUCAUCAGCACAGUGGACGGUGGGGACCAGUCAAAACCGUCCCGAUCUGGCCGUCAGCUGGGGUGAUAGAAGCAUUUCUUCAACGCUCUCUUCCGCACACAACGUCUGGGGUCCUCCGAAUCGCGACAAUCGCAGUCUGGGGAACGGAACCUUCGGUGCCUCUUAUUCACAGAUCCCUUCGGCUCCUCAAUCGAUGCGAGCCUCCAUAGGGAACCAAUCACAGCGACCUCACGACAAUAACGGUCCCUUCGGACAGAACCAGCAACCCAUAGCCGCUUAUUCACAGACUUCUGUCGACAAUAGAGGUGAAAGCGGUUAUCCUGACAAUAGCGGAGGUGAAAGUGGAAGAAAGGAAGCCAGCGGUUUCACCUUUCCCGCCGAGUCCUCCUCGGGUAUAAAAACCCCUCUCCCCCCCAACUUUCCUUCUUCCACUUCUCAUUCACCCACACACACCCCCUCGGGUGAAUUUCAAUCCACUUCUGUUUUAGCCACUAACUUUUCUGAUAAUCUUGCGCCGAGCGCUUCUGUUUCUACUUCUACUUCAACUUCCACCAAUCCCCACUUGGUUUCCAAUACUUCAAUUCUUCCGUCACAACCUUCAUCCACUCAUCCAUCCACUUCUUUCAAUGAUUCCCAGCAUCAGCUCACUGUUCCUGGAGAACACUCGUCUUCUUCUCAACAGACCUCAUCCUUUGUCUCUCCGUACAUCUCUGCAAAGAUGCCUGCCGGUCAUUCUUCCAGCACCAAGAACGCCAUGGCCAGUUCUGGCAUUCGUGGAUGGGCUGCUUUCGCCCAGCACGGACAUGACGCCGAGCUCGCCAUCCUGCCUGAUCAGAUGAAAGUCCUGGAUGCUGCCAACCUCAGACGAGGACAGUCUAACGAGGACGUCGAUAUUAGCUCGCAAGUGGUUUUCAAGCAGACCACAAGCAGCAAACCAAAGACCAAGUCUUCUCGCGACACCAAACCUAAGGAGACUAUCAUCCCUGCUCACCUGAAGCCCAAACCCGAGUCUCAACCUCGCAGCGGAUACAAGCCUCCGCACCUCAUGGAGAAGCCCGCAGCUCCUACCACUAUCACUGCUCCCUCGCCGAAGCCGAAGGCGGAGUCCCGAUUCUUCCCGGCGACUCUCACUCAUGGUCAUUCUAUCAAGACCACGAUCGAGCUCAAUGGCAACGGCCCCGCUCCCGAUGACCAGGAGCACAAUCAUCCAGUCUUCGAUGGGGCGACGGGAGGUCCUCGUGUCAAGUUCCCGACCCCUACCCCCAUUGUCAAUCUCCCGGGCAGGAACGUCAAGGCCGCCAAUAAGAACGAGGCGAUCUUGAACAAAAUAAACGAGCUCCUCAAGCAUGCUGAGGUGAAGAUUAACCCCCAGACUGCCGCAGUCGCGGCUGUGGAACCUGUGGCUCCAUCCACCAAAGCUCAACUCGAGCAGGUUUCGGACAACGAUGACACCACUGUCAACUUGCCUGUCCAGAAGAUUGACAAGGGGAAAGAACCUGAGGGCCACAUCACGCUUGACGACUUCCUGUUGUUCACAGAGAUGGUAGAGAAGAGCCCCGGGCUCGAAGCUAGCCGCUGGGCAGUCAAACCUGGCAACAAGCCGGCAGCAGAAGAGGAGGUCGUCGAGGAACCUCAAUUCGGAUCGACCCCCCGCAUUGCACCUCCGCGUCAGUCUCACAACAACGCGAGGAACCACCCCGGUGCGCCGGUCGUGUUCGCACCCCAAGGCCGCGCUCCUCGUCCAGUCGCCUCCACCACUCGUGCUCCUCGCGAACCCAGCCCGAAUGAGGACGCCAAUGGCCGAUUUGUCCGUGUCAGCUUCAAUGGCAAUGCUGCUCGCCGCAUCACUGUCAACCGCAGCGCUGCGCCGCUACGAUCCAACGCCAACCCUACCCGUCCUACCAACCAGAACUUCCAAGCUGCACGUAAUGGCACUGGAAACAGCUACCCGCAACCCGCGCGUGCCGGUCCAAGCAACUACACGCAGGCGCAUGCUGGUCCCAACAAUCACUUUCAAGGUGCACACAACGGGCCCAACCACUAUCAAGCGCCUCACGCUAGUCCCAACAACCCCUAUGUUGCCCACAACAACGCGAACUUCGCCGGACCAUCUCACCCGGCCCAUCAACAGAUGAAUGGAGCCACCGUCCCCGGCCAACCCGGCAACACCAAUUCCACUGGCGGUCAUCCCACUCGCAACUGGCACUACCGCGGCAAGCGAGCCGGCAAAGCUCACCAACGUGGCAAGCGCGCCAGGGAAGCUGCUCAAACCGCCGCGGACAACAACUGA